AUGUCCAGGCUGUGUCGCUGCUUACCCGUCGGCCACCUACAUUACCAGACCAGGACCAUGACCAAAGACACCACCACCGCCGCCGCCGCAACCCCCUCGGCCUCGCCCGAGUUCGAGGCCUUCUACCUGCAGCGCGCCACCCGCGAGCUGGCCGAGGACCUCGACCGCGUGCGCGCCGCCGACGACUUCCGCGGCCCCGACGCCGUGCCCAUGCUGGUGCGCGCCCUGCGCCAGGGUGCCGCGUCCUUUUCGCCCCGUGACCAGGCCCGCAUCGUCGCUGGCGCCGCUACCGCCACCGACAAGGCGGCCAAGUGA